CCAGAAAGGAGUAGCGCUUCAUUUUGAGCCCAUUUUCUCUGUGUUGCUCCGCGCUAUAGGCUGAAACUUGCAGAAAGCUGCACUCUUCAUGUCCUCGUCUCAAAUGAGAGUCUUCUGAAGAAGGUGGAGAUGAGCCGGCUGAAUCGAUCCUCCAAGGCGUAAAAGUUUUGGAUGGUUACUUUUGCGCAGCAGUUUAAAGACUUUUCCACCUCCAGAGGUUGCGGUGCAAUUGAAGAACGGGUCCGAUUCUUUCUUCUGCAAAUAUAUCGCCCGCAAGCAGGCUGGAAGACCAUCAAAUUGGAAGAACGCCGCGAAUACGCAGGGCGCAGAUGAUCGCAACUGGUGUUUGCGGCGUGGCGCUGGUUCUGGUGCUGGUGGUGCUGAUUCCGGUCAUGGUGAACUCUGCCGGAACUCCUGCCCGCUAUGAGAUGCUCGGAUCUUGUCAGAUGGUGUGCGAUUCCCAUGGGACCGCGACGGCAGCCACGGCGAAAGCGACCCACCCGAACAAAGACAACCGCCUGGUGCAGUCGUUGCCGACGUUCAUCCAGGGUCCCCAGGGAGAGCCGGGGCGCGUCGGGAGGAUGGGCCCCAGGGGUCCGGUUGGUGAGCCGGGGCCACCGGGACCGACGGGUCCACCAGGAGAGAGAGGACCACCGGGACCACCAGGUCCACCUGGGCUACCAGGAGCGAAUGGACCAACCGGUGCCAUCAGCGCAGCCACAUACAACACGGUGCCAAAAAUAGCGUUUUACGCCGGGCUGAAGAAGCAGCAUGAGGGUUAUGAAGUUUUAAAAUUUGAUGACGUGGUCACAAAUCUCGGCAACCACUACGACCCAUCAACCGGAAAAUUCACCUGUUCCAUACCCGGAAUUUACUUCUUCGUUUACCAUGUGCUGAUGCGAGGCGGGGAUGGAACAAGCAUGUGGGCUGACCUCUGCAAAAACAACCAGGUGAGGGCUAGCGCCAUCGCACAGGACGCGGACCAAAACUACGACUAUGCCAGCAACAGCGUCGUCCUCCACCUGGAACCCGGGGAUGAGAUUUACAUCAAGCUGGACGGAGGGAAGGCGCACGGCGGCAACAACAACAAGUACAGCACCUUCUCCGGCUUCAUGCUGUAUGCUGACUGAAACAGGCUGGAGGAAUUGGGUCCGACUCUCUACAUAUAAGCUUGCUUUCACAGCUCCUGCUCAGUCCACCCGGGAUAUCAGAGACAGAAAGAGCUCACCGUUUCUGUUGAACAUCAUUCCAAGAGAUUUGCAGGAAGUCUCAUGCAAAAAGAAACUCCACUUUGCUGCAGUGAGGAGAUGAAAGUGUAAUAACUCCACUUUUCAUUUUGUUCAGCAAAGUCAGGUUGAUGUUUUGUUGCUUGUGCGCUCUCAAUGAACUGUAAUAGGCUUUCCAAAUUAAAUAACUGUAGCUGCUGUGGUAAAUUGAAAGUUUCAAAUGUCCACAUUUAGCACUUACUCACAGAGGCUUAUUAUAUACCCACAUAACUAUUACUCACUUCAGUGUUCGUCGAUUUCUGUGCUUUCUUCACCAAAAAGAAAAAAUAAGUCCAAGUCACUGCAUUUUGGGCAAAGAUGUUAACAGUUGUGAUGCAUGUUUAUAAGACGUUGAAAUUUUAACACUGUGCAGCAUCUAAUGAUGUGAUGUUUAUGAAGCACAAGUAUAUUGGCAAAAUGAUCACUGCAAGACAUUUUUCAUGUGUGUGUGUCAAACAUGGCAUCUGGUUUGAGCAGCAGGGUAGCCUGUUUAGUCACCAAACCUGGACAGCGACACUGACAUAUCUUUUCUAAAACUCUGAAACAUUCACCAAUCUGCUUACUGAACUUUAUGCUUUCCCUGAUCAGAAACAACAGUAAAAAUGUAAAAUGAAAUCAUCUGGCUUCCUUUGUAUCGCCCUGACAUGAUUAAUCCAACUUAUGUAUUUGUUCAUGGUGCGCAGUCAGCUGUGGCGAUCUCGCCAUUGAUCAUGUGUUGAAGUCACCCUGUGA